CCAGUCCGAAGGGGGCAACGGUGAGUUCGGCGGCGCUCGCGGUUGUUUCGCGGUCACUGCGGCUCCGUAUAUUUGUUGAAAUGGCGAAGUUUGGCGAUUUAAAAGCCUUUCUUGAAUCUUCAUUGAAUGAAAUCUUCCGUGCGACCGUCAGUGACAUUCUGGAUUCAGUGGAACAAACUGUCGGCGAAUAUCAGCGCAAAAUUCAGCGAAUUGAGUCCGAAAAUGAAGAUCUGCGAAAACGACUUUUUGCAAAAGAAAAAAUGACAAAUUAUAUCAAAACAGAAAAUGAAGACUGUGUUGUGGCUCAGCUUGACUUUUCAAGAGACACUUUCAGCCAGACUUCAUCUGUGCAUUUGAGUGAAUACAAUGAUCAGACGAAGAUGGCUGGGGAUUUACUGUGCAGCAGUACAAAAUCACAAACCACAGACGUCACAUCACUUCACUUAAACAAGGAUUGUGCAACAACAUAUUUAUUUGUAAAGGCUGACCCAGACACGGAGCAUGUAUGUGCUGUUGACCUUUCAAAUCCUCACGCUUCUCCUAAAUAUACCAGUAAAGAAAUAAAAAUAGAGGAUGCCGAGGAGAACUUUGACUCUGAACGUCACACUAUAUUUAAACGUCCUUUAGAGCCAGAGUAUAACUCUAAUAACGGUGAUGUUAAAGUAACGGUAGUGUCAGACAAACAUCUUUAUAGUGUCGGUGAGGGUGAGCGCAGCAGAGAUGAAGCAAUGGAGGAGUCAUCGUCACCGGAGCCCGAUAUCAUCUCUGAUGAAGAGUCCAAUCCAGACAGACUGUCCGAGGGAUUUUCGGGAUUGUUUCAUAUGAUGCCGUCGCAGUCGAACUCACGAGAGCCGAGACCAAACUAUUCAUGCGGUCAGUGCAACAAGAGCUUCAAGCACGAAGCGUCGCUUAACAUCCACCUGAGAUCUCACAGCUCAGAGAAGACACACAUCUGCGGCCAGUGCGGGAAGGGGUUUGACCGAGCCGAUCUCCUGAAGAACCACCAGCGCACACACACUGGAGAAAGACCCUUCACCUGUAACCUGUGCGGGAAGAGCUACGGCCACCAGGGCCAGCUGCGCAUCCACAGGAGGAUCCACACGGGCGAGAGGCCGUACUGCUGCCCGCACUGUGGCAAACGGUUCAACGAACACAACCAGCUUAAAGUCCACCUGCGGACCCACACGGGUGAACGGCCAUACACUUGCACCGUAUGCGGCAAAACCUUCACCAACGCCGGAAACCUGAGGAGCCACCAGAGAGUCCACACCGGAGAGAAGCCGUACGCCUGCGGCCAGUGCGGGAAGAGGUUUAACGGGAUGGGCGACCUUAAAACACACUACCGCAUCCACACGGGCGAAAAGCCGUACCGCUGUGAGCUGUGCACUAAGACCUUCAGCCAAGCCGGGCAUCUGACCAUCCACAAGCGCAUGCACACCGGUGAGAGGCCGUACGGCUGUGCCGAGUGCGGUAAACGCUUCACAGUGGCCAGUAGCCUGAAACUGCACCAGUUAACACACACAGGAGAGAAAUUGCACACCUGCUCACACUGCGACAAGAGCUUCAGCCGGGCCGGACACCUCAAGAGACACGAGCUGGUCCACACCAAAGAGAAGCUGUACUGUUGCUCGCACUGCAACAGGAAAUACAGUGACCAGUCGUCUCUGAAGAAACACCAAAAACUGCACACAAGGGCCAAGAACGAGGGCGACCAGAGCGCUUCUGCUGCUUUCGUCACAGAGUAGCGGUGAUCGGACCAUAACUGCAUCUUCCUUCAUCCUAAUGUUCCUCAGCAUCACUUCUUACAUAAACAUGUUGAAUCUGCUGGGCUACAGUGACUGUUUGAUUGAAAAUAUAAUUUUGACAUACAUUGAAUCAUGAAGACUAAAGGAUCCUGAGAUCUGAUGUUCAUCCCUAAUACUAAGUGGUUGUCAUAUUCAUGUCGAAGGAAUACCAUAGCAUUAUCAUGGUAGUUUUUGACACAUUGCAUAGCACACAUACUGUACAGAUGUUUGAUAAUGUAGAUGGGUCUUCAUUCCUUUAGACAGCGUGAUUUCUAUCUGUGGCUGUAUGAGUUAUGUUCAUUGGAAUUUAAUGCUGUCGUCCUGUAUGACCUGGUUUGUUAAAUGUCAGUUAUGAUGUAAGCACAUCUUAGAUUAAAUGCAAUUUAACUUAAGAAACUUGUAUAAGAUCUUCUCUAUUGUAUUGUGAAUUUAAUGGUAAUAAUUUCAACUCCUUCUGAAUGUUAACUCAAAGCUUUAGUGACAGAAUAAAGCUUUUUAAAUAGGUCAAUGUGUUGUUUGAAUCUUUAGAUUUACUAGUAUUUGGGCCUCAGCGAUCAUUACUGAAGACCAAAUAACAUUUGUCACAGUUCAUUAGGCUCGGUCAUGUCGGCCCCUGCAAAGAUGCUGUAUCAUUUUGGAUUAAGAAUUUCUAGGCAUCUAAAUGAUCAACAUGAUCAGACUUUCUACUACAUGCCUUCUGCCAUCUGAUUGACAGUUUAUACUUUUUUUAAUCAAGCAAAAGUUAUUUUACUCUAAUUGUAUAAACACCCACCUUUAGCUUGUGUUUUACAUGUCUUUUUUUUACUGAUUUUAAGUAAACAGAAUAACUUUUGGUUAUCCAGACGUCUCUUUUUUUUUUUUUUUUUUUUUUUUUUUUAGAAAACCCAGUGAGUCUUAAAUAUGAUCACCAGGCUUUUUGUUUCCAGAAUCUUUAUUUCCACUUUUCUCUGGUGGAAGGAUGUUCUGCCCAAGCCUCUAAAACAUCUCAGUUCUUUUGAGGGGCAUUUAGUUAUUCAUCUCUCAGUCAUCAUUGUAUUGCAUUGCAUUGUAUGUUUUGAUAAUUUAAAUAUCAUCUUACUAAGGCAUAUUAAUUGGAGAUAUAGAGAGACUACUGAUAUUUAUAUUUAUGUAAGUAUCUUCUAUGCUGUUAUAAAGAUCUCAUUGAUUUACAAUAGGAACGUAAGAUUUUCAUCUUACUUUUUGUACGCAAACAUAGCAUCUGUCAGCACCAAUUUGUCUCUGAAUAAAACCCUCAGUUUUCCCCCAUGUUGUCACUAUAUUAGACUAUAUGAGCCAAAAAAAGCCUGAUGUAUCCCAUACUCAAACAUUUUAAACAAAUUUUUAUUCAAAGUAUGAUUUCACAUGGUUUGCAGCUGCUGGUGUAGUUUCUCAUGGUCAUCCAGUGCCCUCUAGUGUUCAGUGUUCAGUUAUAGUAUGGUGGGAGUGAAUCACCACAGUUCCUCCAGUGAAAACAAAGUAUGGUCAAUAAGGAAUAAGUUUUUCAUUAGCAAUAAAGUACAAGAGGUAUGUUUUAAAAUAUUACACAGAAUUUACCCCAUCAAAGAGUUGAAUGGUUCGAACUGGAUAUGGAAAACUUGUGAUUUUUGUGUUGUUAAAGAAUCUGAUUCAUCUUUCAGUGUGUAUACUCUAACUUAAUUUCUAGGAUGUUUGGAACAUCAAUACAAAUCGAAAUGUUUGAUGUCAGAUUUGGUUUUGUACAAGAUACCAUUGAUUCUAGAAGUACAAUUUCUUUUCUUGCACUAAUGAUUUUACUUAAAAUAUAUUCAUGUAAAGCAGGGGUGGGGAACGUUGAUCCUCAAGGGCCAGUGUCCCUGCAGAGUUUAGCUCCAAGCCUAAUCAAACACACCUGAACAAGCUAAUCAAUGUUCUCAGGAUACAGGUUGGUAUUUUUUGUUUUCAGGGUUGGAGCUAAACUCUGCAGGGACACCGCCCCUCCAGGGUCAAGGUUCCUCACCCCUGAUGUAAAGAAAUGGGCUGAAGCUAAGCCAAACUGUGAACAUUUUGUAAAAGAAAUUAAACAGUGUGGUACUACUUUGCACAAUAUUAGAAACAGAAAAGCUAAAAAGACGUAUUAAGCACUAUGUCACUUGUUUUAAUUAUCACUUGUCUUCAUUUUUUUUUUAAAAAAGGCAAAGGUUUUUUCUUUACCUGUAUGUACAUGCACCUGUUUUUCUUUUCUGUAUACCCUUUUAUAUUUUUUGUAACUGUUGUGAGAUGUA